ACCAAGGCGAUGGCGGGGAUUGCGGCAGCUUCAGCGUUCUGCUGCGCAGCGCUCCUGCUUCUGGGGCGCGCGCUGACUACCACAGGUGGAGGCGAGCCACGCGUGGACCUCACCCUGGAGCGCACUUCACGUGGCAGCAGCUUCAGAGCACACCCUUGCUGCUUGCAGAGCAGGUGGACGGUUGUUGAAGGCAUACAGCCAAGAAAACAGUGGACAGACAAUUCAAUACCAUUCCUACGAUUUGAAAAACAAAAGAUACAACCUUAAAGAUAAAAACGUACACGUUAAACACCUUAGAACGGCUGCCUGAUGGGAGAGGGAAAUGGAAAUAAAAAAGCGUGGAUAGUAUUUCUAUACGUUUGCAAAGAGCAAUGUGAAAAUAAGACAGUUCCGAAUAAAGUGUGGGCCGAGACGAAAGCCGAAGCUGCGCUCGGCUGGGUGCCGGGAGGCUGGAAGCGCCUGCGCGCUCUGCAGGUCCGGGCUUUCCCCACCUCGGGCUUUCCCCACCUGGAAGUCGCGCCCGGGGGUUCCCGCCGCGCCCGCCCCACGCCCCCUCCGGGCCCGGCGCCCCUUGCCACCUCCUCAGGAGCCUCGGGCCCCCGCCACUUUCGUCUUGCCCCGGUCCCCGCGGAUGCUGGCGGUAGUGGGGAAGGGCCGCGAGGCCUCAGGGAAGCGUAGAGCAAGGAGCGCCGUUUGGCGGCGCGGCGCCGCCCAGUGGCCGUGGCGGCAGCAGCAGCAGCAGCAGCAGCCUCAGCUCCAGGAAGGAACUUAGCCGCCGCGGCGGCCUGAGGAUUGGACCCCAGAACCAGGCGUUGGUGCCUGACUUUAGCACUGGAAGAGCCUGACGUUGCAAACUGUCAGAAGCUUUCGCCUAACAAAAAUCAUUUCCAUCUACAAGAAAUCUCUACACCUUAGAAUGGAACAUCUACUUCCCUGACUGCUAUUCUGUGUGGAAGCAAAUUUAAAGUGAUACAAGAAAAAAAAUCCAAUCAAAGGAAUUCGUCAGAUUUUAAUGCAUGAGAUUCUAACCCGCCUGUGUAUGAUACUGUCUUUAAAGGUUGCGGAUAUAGAAAAUGUUUGAAAGAAUAUAGGUUUUAUUUCAGAAAAAAAAUUCAAUAAGAGCAAUCCGUAAAGCUGUAGUUAACAGUCCUCCCUGAUUGGAGGGCUCUAGAACUGGAGAUUCUCUAGGUGAACUCAAAGUGGAGAUGAUGGAAGGAGGGACUCAGACCACACCCCUGAAUGACAAUGUCACUAUAUUCUGCAAUUUCUUUGAUUCUGAACCCCACAACAUCACGAGUGUAGGUAUCACCUGGUUUCGGAAGAGUCCAACAUUUGACAAAGAAUUCAAGGUAUUUGAAUUUUUUGGAGACCACCUAAAGGCAUUUCGACCUGGAGCCAGUGUGUCUCCAUGGAGGCUGAAGAGUGGAGAUGCUUCACUGCAGCUGCCUGGAGUCCAGCUGGAGGAAGCAGGAGAGUACCGAUGUGAGGUGGUAUCCACCCCUAAGAAGGCACACGGAAGGAUCUGGCUUGGAGUUGUGGCUUCCCCAGCCUGCAGAUUGUUCCAAGUGGUGGUGAAAGAGAAUGAAAGCAAAUAUAUUAUGUGUGAGUCAAGUGGGUUCUACCCAGAAGCUAUUAAUAUAACAUGGGAGAAGUGGACCCGCCAGGUUCCCCAUCACGUAGAGAUUUUUGAGGAUGUCAUCCCUGGUCCCACCAUCAAGAAUGCGGAUGGUACAUUUAAUGUCACCAGCAAAUUGAAGCUGAACUCCUCUCAGGAAGACCCUGAGACUGUCUACCAGUGUGUGGUACAGCACGUGUCCUUGUAUACCCCUUGGAGGAGCAACUUUACCCUGACUUCUCGGCAGAGAUUUUCUGAAUCUGAGAAGACAGCUGUCUUUGCCAAUUAUUUGUGGAUUUUGCCAUUCAUUGUUUUUGGACUGAUUUUAUUAAUUGUUUUGAUUCUUUGGAAAAAGGUAAGGGGCUCCAAAACAAAGUUCAGCCCUAUGUCUUGGGGUUGGCUCCAGGAGUUGAGGGAUCAUGGUCAUUGGGUGGUGUUGGGGUUCUCAGGAUGGAUGUGGAGGGAUUGUUGGUAUUGCUGGGUGUUUGUGGUGUGUGGCUUUUUCUGAUAAUGUGCUGGAGAAGAACUUAGUCAUCUGACCUCUGUGUGGUGGUUUUUGACUCUGGGGUGAUGUGUUGUAAAGCCUCCUUCCGUUUCUCCAUACUAAACAAGUAUUAUAUCUCUGUGAAUGAACCAGAUCUUAGUGUUCAGACUAGGCCCUGAACUAUGUGUGGAUUGUUUGUUUUUCUCACACAUUUAGAAACUAUGGCUCAGAGAGGGGAAUUCCUCAUAUUUUAUCUGUUCAAUAACUUACCACCAGAUUUUACUGGUUUGACUAAGAAUUUCUAACCCAUGCUAGGUAUUUCUAAACUAAAACAUGGUUCUAAACAUUUUUAUCCCUGAAUAUGGCCCAAAUAGUGAGUAAAACAGCUCAAGCUUUAGAGGCCCAAGAGACCUAUGCAAAUGUGUUGGUUAAAAUCAUUUUAGGUAAUAAAAGGGCCCUCAAUUAUUUAUGGGCUUGUCAAGGCAAAAUCUGCACAACAGCGAGUACACUUCAUUAUAAAUUUGUUAGGCGAAGUAGAAUAAUCAAUUAAGAAAAAAGGCUCUUUAUCUAAAGUUGGCCAUUUAGAUUCCUGGGACUUAUUCUGGUUGGAUCUAGGCCAGUGAGAAAACUGGAUAAAAAGUGGUUUUCAAAUGCUCCUUGUGAUAUUCAUGACUGUUGUCAUAUUUCUUGCCUUUCCCUGGCUCUGAUAUUCAGGUGCUAUUGAGAGAGGAGGAAGGAAGAAACUCGUCAGGCAGGCAGUUAGGGUGGGCCCUCAGUAAAAUUCUUUCAAACAAAAGAACAGCCUGAAAAAUCAAACUGCAGAUAAGGGAACUUGCACAGGGGGGCUUGCCUAAACCAUGCCUACAGCCACAUAGAUAAAAAAGUCUACACAGGAGACUUGCCUAGACGUGCCCACAAUUGAAAAUUCCCUCCUCUGACACAUUCACAGUAAGGGGAACAAAGCCACAUGGAGUAACUCAAGCUAAGGGCUUGCAUGUGCAUGCACUAGGAGGAUGGGGUGGAGCUACCAGAAAUUUGUGCCUUAUGCCUUUGUAUUUAGCUGUGAAACGGCAGCCCACUUUCGGGCCCACUUUCUGCAGCAGAGAGCUUUCUUCUUUUGCUUAUUAAGCUUUCACUCCAACUUCACCGUUGGGGGUCCACGCUCCUUAAUUUUCCUAGUCGUGAGACAAAGAAUGUCAGAUGAUACCCUGAGCAACAAGAGACUGCUACAUUGUGGUGCAUUGAUGAGACUAACAUUUUGGUGCAUUGGCCAGGAAAGGUUGGAAGGGUGAGUAGGAGCAGACCUCCAAACUCUUUACUUUCAUUUCAGAGGCUUCUUGUCCUCAGAUUUUUUUCCUCAAUACUGAACAAAACACUGGGCUCCAUGAGCCACUUAAAAGCUUUUAGAGUGGCUGCCAGCCUUACGAGACUCAGGGGACAGGCUUGCUGGAGAGGACUUUGUCAGUCCCCCUUCACCCUCAGGUGUUGGGAAUGUUGGCACUGUUGCAAUCCAGUUUCCUUUCACAGAGGACCAGCUGUCACAUAGACUAGAAGGAGGUCCUAGGGCAACUGAAGAUUUCUGUUUCAGGAUUAUCCUUGGUGUUACCUGAAGGCCUCUGGACUAACUCCAGCCCCCAACGGCCCAUCAGGGUGUCAGCACCAGGACUUCCAGUACUUUUCUAUUGCAUUUACUUCCUUGCUUUUUGUGGCUACUAUUUCUCCUAUUCCUUCUUUGUAUGCAAUGUUGUGGGUAUUUUUACAGACUGGGAGAUAAUCCUGUUAAGUGAAGUCAGCAAGUGUCUUAGUAAUGAGGAGUGUAUCUCAAAGAAUUGUUGUUUUUGUGAUUUCCUUGAGACAGGGGGACUUAAAGAUUUCAUCCUAAACUUCCACUUAGUAAGGGCUUUUUCUGUUGCACAAUGAUAGACAUUCACAGCGUUGUAUAGGGGGAUAUUUCACCCUAAGCAAAUACCCUUUUCUCCAUUGGGUUGUUUUUUCCUUUAUGUAAGAGCUCAGCAUUGCCCAGUGAAUUUAAGCAAUCCCUUUAUGAGACAAACUAGUCUUUUUCUGCUGGGCGGCAUAUUAUGGGAAUAGCCUAUGAAGCCCCAAACCUCUCUUUCUAACCUUUGCUUGGAAAGAAUUUGGAGUCAGAGAUUUCUCCUAAUAUUUCAAACCCUACAGUGCCACCUAGUGGGAUGGGAUUUUUCUCUCUGUGAGAAGCAUUCUUGGCCCUUUGCCCAAAACCCUGGUUCUCCUAUUCCUUUUCCUCUUACGUCCCUCUCUCAGUGAUCAGCCCCCAUUCCCUAUUUGUAAGCAGAAAAACUCCCCUUUCAACAGCCAAGAGAAAGCCACCCUAGCAAGACAGAUUUUAGCCUCAGUGUUAUCCCCAUCGGAAGGAGAACAGCCAUUCAGUUCUUACAUUCUUUUGAGGCAUCUGUUCUGCAUCCAGCUACAUUGGCAUCUAAGUGAGAAAGGGGUCUUAUGUUUAGAAGUCAAUCAGUCUCAUUCUCUAGGAAUUCAUAACUCUGCCUGGGUGGUAGUAAGAGGAUGUAAGGAUAAAGUUAAGAUGCUCCCUUCCUUAAAGGGUCUUGCCCAAAUUCAACUACUGCACAAUCUCUCCCAGGGCCCUGGGGAAUCUUGGGAGCCUUAUGGGCCAAGUAGAUCUAGGAAACCAGCAGGGUGGAGAGCUAGAGCCUUGUGCAGGUGAGCACAAGCUAGCUCCUCCAUAUUCAUGGGUGAAGGUCAUACUUGCAUCCUUGGGCAGCACCUAUAAUGGUCGCCAGGAACCUGAGGAAAUGGUGGGGAAGAGGAGAAGGGGAUGCCCCUUCUGUCUUCUCUCUGCCCUGGGUCACUGCAGAAGGACAAAGGAGACUACAGGUUGCCUUUUCUCUCCUCUUUUUCUAGAUGUGUAACAACUAAUCUCCAGUUGUAUAACAAAUCAUCUCCAGCCAUCUCUUCUCAAGUACAUUCUGAAACAUUGGAACUCCUUUGACAUUCAGACUCUGAAGAAAGAGUACCUUGUAUUCUUUUGCACUCAGGCAUGGCCAUCUUACCAGCUGCAGGAUGGGGAGGCCUGGCCUUCUGAGGGAAGUGUUAAUUUUAAUACCAUUCAACAACUAGAUCUUUUCCAUAGAUAGGAGGGCAAAUGGUCUGAGGUGCCUUAUGUGCAAGCCUUCUUUGCCUUGCAAGACAACUCAGAUCUUUGUCAGUGUUGUAGAAUUGACUCUGCUCUCCUAGCAGUUACAUCAGGCAAGUCCACAGAGGAUAACUCUCCCAACUCUGAGAAACAAACCUCUAGGGAACACUCUACUGAAAAUGGUCAAAUAGGUCAUUAAUGCUUGUGAAACUCAUCUUAAAAAUAAUCCCCUUAACAGAUGGCUUGUUCCCUGCCACACUCAGAGGAUGGGAAGUUACGCAGGGGAGGACUGGCAGAUAGAUUUCACCCAUAUGCCUAAAAUAAAUGGCAUUCAAUUAUCUUUUGGUGUGGGUGGAUACCUUCAUUAACUGGGUAGAGGCAUUCCCAUGCCAAACAGAAAAGACCUCUGAGGAGGUGAGAAUACUAAUAAAUAAAUAAGUUCUCGCUUUGGGCUCCCUAAGUACUUCCAAAGUGACAGUGGCUCCUCAUUUAAAGUGGCCUCUAUCUAGUGGUGCUCAAAAGGCACUAGGCAUACAGUGCCAUCUUCAUUGUGCCUGGAGACCACAAUAUUCAGGAAAGGUGGAGAAAACAAAUGAUAUUAUCAAAAGAUACCUUAGAAAACUCUCUCUCAGGGGAUUCACCUUUCUUGGGUGAAUCUCCCCUUAGCUCUACUGAGGAUAAGAAAUACUCCUUCAAAGUUGGAUUUGAGCCCUUUUGAAAUUACAAACGGGUGGCCUUUCCUUAUCAAUGAUCUCUUACUAGACCAGGAAAUCUCUGAAUUAGUCAAACAUAUAACCUCCCUGGGCCACUUCCAUUGGGAAUUAAAACAGCACCUGGAAGCCCAACCCCAAUAAAUAGGACAAGCUUUAUUGAACCUGGGAGACUUAGUACUGGUGAAGGCUCUCUCUUCUCUUUCCUCCUCUCUAGGCUCCAGGUGGGAGGGACCUAUACUGUUUCCACCUAUUCAGCUGUGAAAGUUGCAGGAAUCAACUCUUGGAUUUAUCACACUUCAGCCAGGCUUGGAAAGCAGAGGCAGCAGCCCCUGACAGCCCAGAAGAGCAUCCCAGAUACUGAUGUGAAGAAGUUGGGGACCUUAAACUGAAAAGAACAAAAGAUAAGUAAAUGAAUGAGGACGACCUGUCUAGCUCGGUCCUACCUUUACCCUGCCAGAUUCCUUCCAUUAUUUCCACCUUUCCUUUCGAGAUCUACCAUUGUCAAGUGUUGCAACUUCUUUUUCACGCAUAUUUGCGAGGAGACUUUGAUUGUCCGUGGGAUCAGAUCUGUAAUUUUACAGACCUGCAAAGGGAAGUUCAGCAUUUUAACUGAUAAAACCUCAGAUGGAAAUCGUUCACCACACCAUACUUGCAGGGAUUAUUUUGCUGACUUUACUUUUUGCAGUAGGGCUAUACACUGUACCUCCUGUAGGAAUCCUGACUGGAUUCUGAAUCCUGACUGUAGCACCUCCUGACUGGAAUAUAUUGGACAGAUGGUCUCAAUUGCUGUGAUACUUGGCUUAGUUAUGAUCCUUAUGGCAGGGAUAAUAGUCACAGACAAAAAGUAAACAUGAAAGUUUUACUAUUGCUGAGUCUGCUAGGGCUUUUAAUGGGGUUUGGGAAUACAUCACACCCUUUAGCCUCUGCAGUAUCAGCCAUGGCCCAUUUAUAUGAGACUAAUUGCUGAGUCUGACCUGAGUGGUUUGCUCAGUUCAGUAACACUAAGGGACCUCUUCAUGACCUGGUUCUUACUGUCUUAAGAUUCCCUUUCUUAGAUUUACCUUUAACCAUUGAAGACUUAUCAGGCAUGAAUGGAACAUGGUAUGGGAGCACUUUCAAGUGGGUAACUAACUCCUCCCAGGAAAGCAUUUCCUCCCUGAUACCAGAAAACACUUUCCCUAAAGAAAGCUUCACACCCUCAGGGUAGGAAAAGUCAGCAGGGUAAUAGCAAAUGCCUCUUCCUGCUUUAAAAGCAGAGGGAAAAGAUCAUAGCUGGGAGAUCUCAGAUAUGUAACAACACACUUGUAAUUGCUGAAAGCUCAGACACUUGGAGAAAAAGACACAAUAAGGAUGAUCUAAGAAAAUUGGAAGCCAUAUGGGGAGGCUUUCGGAAUCUAGCCUCUUCUCCUGGUUGGAAGUCCUGCUGGGAAUGGCGGGCUCUGGUUAACUGCCCUGACACAUGGCAUUAUAAUGUAAAAAAUAACACAUGGGCCUUCCCAGACAUGCACCCUCAUGGAAUUCCAGACCCUUUUGUAUGAUGCUUAGUAGUAGUGGCCUACAAAUCUGUGGGUGUACAGGAGACUUCUGGACUGAGAGCCCCUGCCACAAGGCUUAUCCGAGAUAUUGGCUGGGACAUAUUGUGUCCCUGGUCUUUUAAAACUCCAUUUGUCAAGUGGACCCUUCUCAUUUAGCAUGUAAAAUUCCACAUGGCAUCAUGAGUGACUAUCCUGAGUAUGGAUAUCCCUAUGCCAAAGAUGUUCCUAUUAUAUGUAAGAGGGGGAAGCUCCUAAGAUAUGAGAAAGAUCUGCCUGAGUCUCUCACAAGCUACAACUCAGAACUGGACCUUCAAGGGACAGAGUUUUAUUUCCUUUGUGGCUCCUGGCUACACUUAAUCCUCCCUAGGCACUGAAAGGAAACCUGCACUAUUGUGGCAGUGGUCCCUGACUUACUAUUUUUAAAUUCCACUGGUAUGGCAGCAUCAUCUGGGGACAUCCCUAACCUAUCCUCUUUUCUAGCGAGUGUGUGAUUUCAGAUGCACCAAACAAAGAGGUCUGUCAUUUCCAUGCCCUUGUAUGGAGAUUUAACUGAAGGAGAAGAUUGGGUAGGACGUACACAUGACAGUCCUAUCUUAGAAAAACCACGGAUAGGGGAUUUUAUAGCUAGAGGCCUAUUCUGGUUUGCUGGUAUUCCUCUCCUUGAAAGAUCAGUACUUAAUAUUUCUAUUAUGACGCAAUGAGAGUAGAAGGCAACAGUAGGAGCCAUAGAAACACAACAAUAAUCCAAAAUCUCUUUAGCCUCGUAGUUAUGCAAAAUAGACAGGCCUUAGAUAUCCUUAUGGCCAAAGUAGGGGGUACCUGUGCACUUUUUAAAAGAAACAUGUCACUUCCAGAUCAACACCUCUAGUCAAGUAGAAGAAAACCUACAGGUGCUUAAAGAUCAAAUUAGAAUCAUUGACAGAUUAAGAGAAAAUGUGGGCUCCAGUCCCAGCUGGCUGUAAUCCCUCCUUAAUGGAUUCCAUUCUUCUUUGUGGAACUGGUUAGCUCCUUUAUUAGGUCCCAUUUUGCUUGUGUGUUUUGUAUGAAUGUUUGGACUUUGUGUAUUCAAUACUGUAACUCAAACUGUUUCCUCUCACUUAGAGGCUAUUAAAGACCAAAUGGUGCUGCAGAUGGAAUGACGCAUAGACACACCAUUCUUCCAGGGACCCUUAGACCAAUCUUAGGAGGAGCCCUAACUGCUGUAACCCCAACGACACCCCCUUCCAGCAGGAAGCAGCCAGGAACGGUCAUCGUCCACUUUCCCCAACAGCAGUUGGGGUCUCCACUCCUAAAGUGGGGAAUGAGAGAGGAUGAAGGAAGGCAGGCAGUUAGAGUGGGUCCUUGGUAAAAUUCUUUCAAACAAAAGGACAGCUUGAAAAAUCAAACUGCAGGCACAGAUAAAAUAACUUGCAUGGGGGGCUUGCCUUAGACAUGUUCACAGCUGUAUCGGUAAGAAAGGCUACACAAGAGACGUACCCAGACAUGCUCACAAUGGAAAAUUCUAUCUCCUGAGAUAUGUGCAGUAAGGGGAACAAAGCCACAUGGAGUAACUCAAGCUAAGAGCCUGCAUGUACACCGGAGGACAGGGUGAAACUACCAGAAAUUCAUGCCUUAUGCAAGUGAGAUGCCCAGCUCUCAUCAAUUUCUUAUAAAAAGCCUCUAUAUUCAACUGUGAAAUGACAACCAUCUUUUGGGCCCCCUGUUGGCAGCGGAGAGCUUUUUUUUGCUUUUUAAACUUUUGCUGCAACCUCAUCUUUGGGGUCCAUGCUCCUUAAUUUUCUUGGUUGUGAGACAAAGAACUUUAGGUGAUACCUUGGGCAAUGAGAGACUGCUACAUUGUGGUGCAUUGGUGAGAUUGUAACACUCUCAGUUUAUGACUGAUAACCCCAACAUCAGCAAUGACGCUUAGGGAAAAAGAAAACAAAUCCUUUAUGAUCCACUUGGUCCCGUGCUUGUUUGCGAAGAUGACUCCAAUCCUUCACCCUUCCCUAUGUCCAUGUCCAUUGCUGUGUAACUUUGCAGUGCCUCCAACCAUGUGACCUCUUUCAGCCAAUGUAAGGAGACAGCAGUGAAGGCAUACCAGUUCUAAGUGUAAGCCUCAAGAGGCCUUGUGUGUCUUCAUUUGCUUCCUCGUGUGCUUCUGACGGUGCUGAGAGAAGGGCAAGUCCAGGCCAGCCUGCUGGUGGAUGAGAGAUGUUGGCUACCACAUUCUUGUUGCUCCAGUGGAGGCCAGGCUAGAUUAGAUGACAACCACCUGACUCCAUGUGAGCAAAUCUGAGAUCAGCAGAGCUGGCAAAGCCAACUUUCCAAUACUUGGAAAACAUUUUUAUUAUGUAAAACAUAUCAAAUUAAUAUAUAAAAAAUUUUAAAGCCACUGUUUUACACUGGUGCUAUUACACAGCGUAAGCUAAGUGCUACAACUCAGGAAGCUGUGCUUUGACCAAAAGAAGUGUGGUAGCCACAGGUGCCUCUGAGACCCCCUUCAGGAGAGGGUCUGUGUGAGGAGUGCAGUCGGCUGACAGGUUCCUGCUGAAGAUCUCCGGGAUCUACUUCAGUAUUCCAGCUGGUGCCAUGCUGUCCCCGGACUGCUCCUGCCAUUGACUGAGCAGGGCAGGAGCUCCCUAUUGGGAGCUGAUACUGGAAUUCUGAACUACAUCCCAGAUCUCCAGCUGCUGAUCUCGAGGAUCUGGGGUGGCCAAGACUUUCAGUUGUUCAUUAGGUGCUGGAAUAAUAUCAUUUUGUUUGAUGUCAUGUUGUUAUCACAUGAAUGAAAAUAAAAUCAGUUCCUAACCUGA